AUGUUAAGAGGAAUGUCGAGAAACUGAAAAAGGGCUUUGAGGCAAGUUUUCUUCUUCUUAGUAAGGCAAUAAUAAGCAGUAUGAAGCAGUAUGGAAGACUCCCAGUAGUCCUGAGAAGGGGUAAAACUCACACAACUACGCCCGAUAUGGCAAGAUCCGUGAAUCUAACGUCACAUGAGGAAUGA